AUGGCCACGCCACUUCUCUCGCUUGAGACGCAGGAGCAUUGCUUCGACACACAGUUCCAUCCAAGAGAGCCUAUCUUGGCGGCAGCGACGAUCACCGGCGAGGUGGAGUUGCAUCGCUUCGAUUUGGAGGCCAGCACUGCGGAGCGAGUGCGGCUAAUUGAAAGCCACAAGAAGUCCUGUCGAACUGCCAAGUUUGUGUCGUCAUCUACGCACCUUUUAGCAUCGACUUCGGCAGACAAGUUUGCGGUGCUCAGCGACGUGGAAACGGGCGCCUGCGUCUGGCGUUGCAAAUUGAAGGCUGCCGGCUAUUCCGUCCUGGUGUUGGCCGGCAAAGAACGAUUCGCAGUGGGUGACGACAACGGUGGCCUUCGGAUCUUCGAUGGACGAGCAGCAAAGGCAGCCGUGAGUUGGAGUGAGAACGAUGACUUUAUUGCAGACCUGGCCAUGGGAGCGGAUGGAACCAGCCUCUGUGCAGUAUCUGGCGACGGUACUCUGGCCGUCUACGAUGUCCGCAAGAGCGGUGAGAAGGGGCUCAUCGCCAUGUCCGACUUCCAAGACGAUGAGCUCCUCUCUAUCGCUAUCGUGAAGCAGGGCUCAAAGGUCAUAUGUGGGACUCAGACAGGUCCCCUUCCUAUCUUCAGCUGGGGCGACUUCGGAGACCAGAAGGACCGAAUAAAGGGCCAUCCGAUGUCCGUGGAUGCCAUGGUGAAACUGGCCGAGGAUGGCAUCCUCACCGGAUCCUCGGACGGAAAGAUCCGCGUCGUGGCCGUCCAUAGCAAAGGUCUUGGCAGCGGCGUCCUGGGCCUGCUUGGCGAGCAUGGCAGUGCCGAGUACCCCAUGGAGCGUUUGGCACUUUCUGCGGAUGAGAAACUACUGGCCUCCACGGCGCACGGCAAGCCCUCUGUGCUGCUUUGGUCCACCGAGGAGGCGAGGCGGCUCUUGGCCGGCGAGACCUGGGCCGAAAUCUUCGGGGAGGAGGCCUCUGGUAUUGCGGCCGGAGAGGCCGAAAAUGACGAGGCCGCAGACAGCAGCGACGAGGACGAGCGGCCCAAGAAGCGCCAGAAGCUGAAAGACAAGCGGAAGAAGAAGAAGGCGGCUCCAGGGGGCCUCGGAAAUCAGAAGCAGCAGCAGGCGGCGCGCUUCUUCUCUGGGCUCUGA